CCGGAAGUACUUCUCGGCCGAGGCCUGGGCGACUCUUUUGAAUGGAAUCGGGCUGAUUCAUCGCCGGUUCUCGGAUCCAGGUCCUUGUUGAGUGUGAGGUGCUGCUCCCGCCGCCAGGUUGCUACAAGGCCAGGAGAGAAAGAAAAAACUACUUGUGAAAAAUUAUACCUUCCAGAAUUAGCAAGAAUUGGAGUUAAUAAGAAAUUUGUCAAAUUCAAUAAAUUGAAGCCUAACACAAACAGAAAUAUGGACAGACUUCUUAGACUUGGAGGAGGUAUGCCUGGACUGGGCCAGGGUCCACCCACAGAUGCUCCUGCCGUGGACACAGCAGAACAAGUCUAUAUCUCUUCCUUGGCAUUGCUAAAGAUGUUAAAACAUGGCCGUGCCGGAGUUCCUAUGGAAGUUAUGGGUCUAAUGCUUGGCGAAUUUGUUGAUGAUUACACCGUCAGAGUGAUUGAUGUGUUUGCUAUGCCACAGUCAGGAACUGGUGUCAGUGUAGAAGCAGUUGAUCCAGUGUUCCAAGCCAAAAUGUUGGACAUGCUGAAACAAACAGGAAGGCCUGAGAUGGUUGUUGGUUGGUAUCACAGUCACCCUGGCUUUGGCUGUUGGCUUUCUGGUGUGGAUAUCAACACUCAGCAGAGCUUUGAAGCCUUGUCGGAGAGAGCUGUGGCAGUGGUUGUGGAUCCCAUUCAGAGUGUAAAAGGAAAGGUUGUUAUUGAUGCCUUCAGAUUGAUCAAUGCUAAUAUGAUGGUCUUAGGACAUGAACCAAGACAAACAACUUCAAAUCUGGGUCACUUAAACAAGCCAUCUAUCCAGGCAUUAAUUCAUGGAUUAAACAGACAUUAUUACUCCAUCACUAUUAAUUAUCGAAAAAAUGAACUGGAACAGAAGAUGCUAUUAAAUUUGCAUAAGAAGAGUUGGAUGGAAGGCUUGACACUUCAAGACUACAGUGAACAUUGUAAACACAAUGAAUCAGUGGUAAAAGAGAUGCUGGAAUUAGCCAAGAGUUAUAAUAAGGCUGUAGAAGAAGAAGAUAAGAUGACACCUGAACAGCUGGCAAUAAAGAAUGUUGGCAAGCAGGAUCCCAAACGUCAUUUGGAAGAACAUGUGGAUGUGCUUAUGACUUCAAAUAUUGUCCAGUGUUUGGCAGCAAUGCUGGACACUGUUGUGUUUAAAUAAACAAUGUAGAGCGCUGUCAGUGACACUCUCGUGUAUUUCCCUUCAUUGUUCCUUCCUGUUGCUUACAGUCCAGGGAGCUCUGCAGCUGAUGUGGUGGCACGAAAGUCACCUGUGCCACCCUCCAUCUCACUUGUGCAGCGGCUUCUGCUUAUUUGUCAGGUUUUGCAGAUUCCAAAGUUGUUCAAGAAUACAUCAAAGUGGACAAAUUUUGUUAAGAUCCCAUUUACUAUUUGAAAAAAAUCAGUAGCACAAAUAUAUUUUGAUUGUUGCUUACAAAAUAAAAUCCAUUUACAAUCCA